AUGAAAGUGGUCGAAUUGUGCGCGGUAGCUCUGUCACUCGGAGCUAGUGAACCCAGUUCUUUUUUUGUACUUCAAAACCGCUUUCAACGUUUCUCAUCCUUCGACAGCCAUAUCCACUUGCCUCCUCACCAUCUGAGGGAAGACGGACAAGUCAUUACAGAGGUUCUCCCGUCCGAAAUACGACAUGCUAUCUUGUCGAUAAGAAAUCGUACGGCACCCGGUCUCGACAGAUUAAGACCAGAACAACUGAAGAGCCUUCCACCAGUACUCAUCAACACCCUUGCGAGGCUCUUUACACGUUAUCUGUCGGAAUGCAAAGUUCCUAAACAGUGGAAGACCAGCAAGACCGUGUUGUUGUAUAAAAAGGGAGAUCCACAUCCCUCGGCGGAUCGACCUCGGCAACUAUCGUCCAAUCUGCCUACUGUCCGUCAUCUACAAGCUCUUUACAAUAGUGAUCCUUAA